UUAUUUUUGGAUUUACUCUCGAAUUUGUAUUUAUUUUGAUUUAACAUUGAAAAUCCUCUGGCUGGUCCAUUUUUCUGUUGAUUGAUCUCUAAUCUUGUUAAAAAAUUCCGUUAGUCAUAAUAUUUUACUAGUCCAAAUAUACGAUUCCAACAAAAUCAUUAUUUUCCCAGUGAAUUUCAGAAAAAUGUCUGUACCAAAUGUUUUGGCUAAAAAAUUGUCCAUCGAUAAAUUGAAUUUGAAAGAUAAACGCGUUCUAACCAGGGUUGAUUUUAAUGUUCCAAUGAAAGAUGCAAAAAUAACCAACAAUCAGCGUAUUGUAGCAGCACUUCCAACAAUCAAAUAUGCUUUGGAAAAUGGAGCCAAAGCUGUUGUGUUGAUGAGCCAUCUUGGUCGUCCGGAUGGUUUUCGUAAUACAAAAUAUUCAUUACGUCCAGUUGCCGAAGAAAUAAGUCGUUUGUUGAAUAAAAAUGUUACCUUUUUGAAUGAUUGUGUUGGUCAGGAAAUUGAAAAUUCCUGUGCCAAUCCUACGCCGGGUUCGGUCAUUCUAUUGGAAAAUCUUCGAUUUCAUCUUGAAGAAGAAGGAAAAGGAGUCAAUCCGGAGACGCAAGAAAAAGUUAAAGCAUCGGCGGCAGAAAUUGAAAAUUUCCGUGCAUCUUUAACACGUAUGGGUGAUGUUUAUGUUAACGAUGCUUUUGGUACCGCACAUCGUGCUCAUUCAUCAAUCGUGGGAAUUGCACUCGCCCAACGAGCUUGUGGAUUUUUAAUGAAAAAAGAAUUGGAUUAUUUUUCCAAAGUUCUUUAUGAACCUGAACGACCACUUUUGGCCAUUUUAGGUGGUGCGAAAGUUAAAGAUAAAAUUCAAUUGAUUGAAAAUCUAUUGGACAAAGUUAAUGAAAUGAUUAUUGUUGGUGGAAUGGCAUUCACUUUUUUGAAACGAUUGAAAGGAAUGUCUAUCGGCAGUUCGUUGUUCGAUAAAGAAGGAGCUGAAAUUGUGGAGAAACUGGUGGAUAAAGCUAAAAAAAAUAAUGUCCAGCUUCAUUUCCCGUUGGAUUUUGUCUUGGCCGAUAAAUUUUGUGAAACAGCCACUGUAGGUUAUGCUACAUUAGAACAAGGCAUCCCGGAUGGAUGGAUGGGUUUGGAUUGUGGCCAGGUUUCCGUUGAACAAUUCAAAUUACCAUUAGCAAGAGCCAAAACUAUUGUUUGGAAUGGCCCGGUUGGUGUAUUUGAAUUUGAUAAUUUUGCCAAAGGAACUAAAGCCGUUAUGGAUGCUGUUGUUGAAGCUACACAACGUGGUGCAACAACCAUUAUUGGUGGUGGUGAUACGGCAACUUGUUGUGCAAAAUGGGGAACUGAAGAUAAAGUCAGUCAUGUUAGUACUGGUGGUGGUGCUAGUCUUGAAUUAUUGGAAGGUAAAUUAUUACCAGGUAUUGCGGCCCUAUCUGAAAUCGAUUCAACCAAUCAAUGAAUGAUUGUCUGUCUGCACAUUUAGAUUUAGAUUUUCGUAGAAUUCCUCCAUCUAUCUUUAAUUGCCAAUUUUGUUUUUUUUUUAUUUUUUA